AACAAUUCACCAAAUAAUUUCUGAAGUUUUGUAAAAUUAAGCAGUGAAAUGAAGAGAAAUUGGGAGAACGACAGAGAGAUAGAGAACUUAGCCAUGGCCAAUUGCUUGACGCUCCUCAAUCGUGUUGGUCAAUCCGGAUCGGGUAGGGUUUUCCAUUGCAAGACAUGCAACAAGCAGUUCUCAACGUUCCAAGCGCUCGGAGGCCACCGUACCAGCCACAAGCGGCCUAAAUCGACCGAUGAAACGCCGGCGAAGGCGAAGACACAUGAAUGUUCGAUUUGCGGAUUGGAGUUCGAACUCGGGCAGGCAUUGGGAGGUCACAUGCGAAGGCAUCGUGAUGCUCUGGCGGAGAAGAGUGUUCGGACGAAAGUGGCGGUGACGGUGGUAGAGGAGGUAGACGGCGGAAGGAGAGGAUUGUGUUUGGAUCUGAAUUUGACGCCCUUUCAGAACAAAGUGAAGAUCUGGAGACGUAGUGGAACGGCGGCCAUUGCUAUUUAGCAUUCGGCUAGUUUCAUAUGCAAACUAUAUGAACGGAAUGCACCAUAUAUAUACUCUUGUUUGUUAUAUAUUUUUUUUAAUUUAAUUAAUAAGGAUACCAUCUAUACUUCGAAUGGUUAAAAUGGUAUGGUUGUGUUUGAUAACAAUUACGUUGCAUGACCACAACCAACCGAUACGAG